AUGAGCGACCCACCUCGAGGGUCGUUGCUCCCGACUCUGGCCUUUUCUGGGUCACGUAGCCACACCUCGCCUCCUUGGUGCGAGUGGCUGCCAGUUGAGCUCGGUCAUCCGUGCAAGCAAAACAUCGCUGCCUGGAAGGAACGGGUUGGCGUCACCGGGACAGACACAGGGGCUUGGGACUCGCACAUCUAUGGGCUCUGCGCGAAGCUGAAGCCCACCUCCACUUCCAAGCGGCCGCUGGCCUCAGGAGGCAGCAGCGGUGGCGGCGGCGGCCCGCCGUCUGAGUCCACCGAGCCCGCCGCCAAGGCGAAGAAGACGCCGUUCACGGCCGAUGAGAACGCACUCUACCUCACGCUCCUGCGGCGGCACGGCCGGCCGUUGAAGAAGAACGCGGAGGCGUGGGCGGCCUUUCGGAACGCCUUCCCGAAACGCGUGAGCGACUCGUGGGCCGGGCACAUGCAGCACUUUACGACGGACGAGGCGGGCGCAUUUUGUAUACCGAGGCGGUGCCCGGUGCCGAACCUGUCGGACCUUGAGACAGCAUGUAGAUCCCUGGGCGAGGGUGAUGGCGUCCCCGUCGGGCGCUGCGAGUCGGCGAGUCAGGAGGAGUACGAGGCGGCGGCGGCGAUCCAGUUCAAGUCGCCCGGCUUCGCCAAGGACGAGUCUGGCUCGCUGACUGAGGAGGGCGGGCUGGCCAUCUCGGACGCGCUGCUGUCGUCGGUGGUCUGCCCCGGCGGCACGGCCGCAGCGGCGCAGCCGACGGCGGCAGCGUCGGCCCGAAGCGCGGCUGGCGCCGACUCGGUCGAGCCUCUUCCUGCACUGCCGACGACUACCUUCCCCCUUCCUCCUCCUCCUCCCCCCCCUGCCGCCGGCGGCGCUGCCACCCUGCCCGCCGCUGCACGGAAUGUUGACGACGAAGACGGUAAUGAUGAUGAUGAUGAUGGUAACGAUGAUGGGCCCGAGGGAGUCAAGGCUGCGGCUGCGGCUGCUGAUGCGAUCGCCAAGGGCAUACUGCCGGAGGAGGCGAUAGCCCUCCUCAGGGAAGCCCUCGGCAACAUCACCUGUGGGGAGGCGGCAACCUCUACGAUGCUAUCUCCGCCGCCAGGUUGCCGCCUCACUUGUGGAGAGGCAGCAGCCUCUACCACGCCAUUCCCGCCGCCGCCACCACUCUACUUUGGUCUCUCCGCGAUAGACCUUUGGGAGACGGUCCAGCUCUAUCAUGGAAAGGGGCGAAAGGGCGACACGGACGGAGCAGGCGACAAAGGCGAAUCCGACGGCGGAGGCGGCGACGGCGACACGGACGGAGGCGGCGAAAGCGAGACCGAUGGCGGCGACGGCGACGGCAAGCGAGCUUGCUGCGGGGAGGGCGAGACGGAGGAAGGCAGCGGCGACGGCGACACGGACGGAGGCGGCGACGGCGACACGGACGGAGGCGGCGACGGCGACACGGACGGAGGCGGCGACGGCAACACGGACGGAGGCGGCGACGGCGACACGGACGGAGGCGGCGACGGCGACACGGACGGAGGCGGCGAAGUCGACACGACCGACGGCGGCGGGGAGAGCGAUUCCAACGGCGGCGGCGGCGACGGCGACAAGGACAGAGGCGGCGAAAGCGAGACCGACGGCGGCGACGGCGACGGCGACAUGGAUUGA